AUGGCAGCAAACACCCUGACCCCCAGCCAGUUCAACACCUUGUUCAACUCCCUCACUGCCAUCGACCGCCGCCUCAGUCGCAUCGAGGCUGUCCUCAAGAUCAGCCAGAACCCAAACUUUGGUGGUGGUGCAGCACCUAGCGGUGGUGGGGGCCCAGCCCAGGUCCCGGCAGGAGGAGGAGUCAGCGGCGUUGCGCCGGCGUCAGCGGGACCACCCGCUCCUGGUGCCCCUGGCGGCCCGCCGCCUCCACCACCACCGCAAUCAUUAUCACAGGGGGGUCAACAACAACCACCCCAACAGCAACAGCAGCAGCAGCAACAACAAAGUCAACAAUCCCAACCUACGCAGCCGCAACAACACCUCGCAUACCAGCAACAUGCCAUCCCACAACAACCCCAACAACCCAUAAUCCCCCUCGAACCCCCACCCCCCAACUUCGUCAUCAACUCCCGCGCCGCGAUGCAAGCCACCCUCGACGCCUGGACCCUCCCGCGAGGCUACUCUAUGCGCAUCGCCGGCGCAAAAGUAACUGGCAAGCGAAAAGUCCGCUGGGUCUGCUUUCGCGGCGGCGAAGCCCGCCACCACCGACCCCCCGUCGACCCCUCGGUGUUUGUCAAGGCCAAAGAGGAAGGCAGGCGCAAGCCCACUACCGAUAGAACGUCCAAGAAAUGCGGCUGUCUCUUCAAGUUUGAGGUCAUCGAGACAGCUAAGGAUUCUGACGUCUGGGUGCUGCAUUACCCCAACGAGGAACAUAAAGUCCAUAAUCAUGGACCGAGCACCGACACCAGCGACCCGAGGGCGAGGAAGCUGCCGGAUUUCGUGAGUGCCGAGGUGGACGGCUGGUUGAGGGAGGGGAGGUUGGUGAGCCAGAUUCAGGAGGAGCUUAGGAGGAGGGGGUAUGUCAAUGUGUUGAAUACGGAUUUGUAUAACCGGAAGAGGUUGUUGAAGAAGGAGGAGAGUCAACAGCAGCAGCAGGGGAAUCAUGCGCAAGGGGGUGGGCAGACCGGACAGCAGGUUGUGAGGUGA